UUAGAUCGAUAAUAUGAUGAAAAGGUAAAAAGGAAGUGACAGCGGUGAGAUUCGAACUCACGCCCUUUCGGACCGGUGCCUUAAACCGGCGCCUUAGACCGCUCGGCCACGCUGCCUUGCUUCAUUUAGUUUCUAGAAAGAAAACUUCUCAAAAAGUUAGCCCAAAUGGAAUAAACAGGGCAACAUCACCAAUGAAUAAUAAUCUGUUUAAUGUCCCACUAGUACGUAUAGGGGAUAAUGUGGGCAUGAAAAUAUCAUCAGUUGAUAGAUCUCGUGUCGAUCCUUUGACAAUAUUAGGUGUGGUUGUCAAUGUAGAUCAUAAUGGUUUACACACUACUGGUUGUCGUGGUGGUACUAUUAACACAAAAUAUAAUCGAAAAGAUCUUGAACAUUGUGAAACCAUUUUAAAACCAACUGCAGUAGAUAGUACGUCAUUACCACAUCGUUCAAUUGUAGCUAAUGAAUCAUUAGUUAGUGGUCAAGGACUUUUUCAUUGUGACUGUCGUCGUGGUUGUGAAGCCAACAGCAUCAGUUGUCCACAUAAUUUAUCAAUUGAUUAUAUUCCAAAAGAAAUUUCAAUGCCAUAUACUUAA